AUGUCACCACGAACAAGUUCACCGCCACCUUUCUAUGAAAUAAAUACCAAUAAUGGUGCUAACCCUAACGAUAAUAGCGGAAGCCUUAAUGCAUUACUUCCUCGGUCAUUUAAGAUACCAAAAACUGUAUUUUCAUCAGCAGUAGUACAAUUUUUUUCAUUAAUGAUGAUAUAUUCAUUUUGUAUAACAGCUCUUUGGAUGGUAUUUUGUACAUCAUAUUUGCUUACAUUCUAUGAUGAUUCACGUAGAAUAUUUUGUACUUCACGAGUUUGGGCAAGAGUGAAGAAUGGAGUCAGAGAAAGAAUAGCAAUGUUUGGAGAGGAUUGGGAAGAUUUCUUUCAAAAAUACUUUGAUCAAUGGGAUGGUGUCGAUGGCAAUAAAAAUGGUCAUCUUGGAGAUACAGAUUGGGAAGACUGGCUAAAAAGUAGAAUGUUUAAAUUUGUGACAGCAGUUGCAGGUCCAAAUAUUGCUGAUAAAUUUAAACAAUCGGCUUCAACUUGUCAAUCUCAGCAACACAAAAAAUAA